UGUGGAAUCCGAACCAAUACCAAUAUAUAUGUACGGUGGGACAGCCGAUAAUUUAAGUUGGGAUGGAUUCAAAGAGAGCAUCUACGCUUUUGUCUAUUCGGUCGAAUGGUCUCAACCAUGGUUAAAGGCGAUACUUUCUUUUCAUAUUAUAACGUUGAUAACAUUGAUUCAGUUGAGAAAUAACACAAAUGCCUUAGCCGUUGUAACCUUUAGUCUAAUGGCCUUGGCCGCUUUCUCAAAAGUAAUAAAUUCCAUAGCGCAUAAUCACUGGCAAGAGUUUUCUACGCACGACUACUUUGAUGACAGUGGAUUUUUUAUCUCUAUGAUAUUUUCUUUCCCGGUAUUGGUCAAUGCUAUAGUGGGCAUAGUAAGUGUACUUGACGUGUUGCAUCGCGCUACUUGA